UCCUAGAUAGUAGUUUGAUUUACGAAAAAUACCGCAACAAUACAACAAGUGGGUUUCUAAUGUGCAACAGAUAUCCCCUGCGCUGCCUCCCUUCGACCUUGUAGGACUCGAUAAAGCUCAAAUUGCAAUCACAUUAACUAUGGAAAUAAUCCGUCAAUACGACACAGAGCACAGAUAAAUUCCACCGGACACACGGGGAAACGGACAGGAGGAUAACUCGCAACACGACACCCCAUCUAUAUUAUCGAUGCGAAAAGGCAAUUACUGUCGCACUUGUUAGCUCGGUCUGACUCUGACUUCACCUUGACUAAAGUACACACGACGCGGCAGGGGAGGCAGUGCGCAAAAAAAACACAUAUUAAUGAUAACAGCAGCACAAAUAAUAUGCAACUGAUUUCCCACAGCUUUCAUAUCUCAAUCAACGCUUGCAUCGCUGCAUAAUUCGGUCAAACCAAAUCGAAAAUGUUGAAGCUACGUAACAUUCUGAGUGUCGGCAAUAACAAUGGCCUGUCCGCUGUCAGAUGGAUUUCGACCACUGCCAACUGCAGGGAAUCAGAUUCAUGGUUCUCAAAGUUACUUGUGCGGAAAAUCGAACCAACCAAAGAGUCGCACAGCCGCAUGCUGAGCGACAAGGAAAUCAUAUAUGCAUUGCAUACACAUAAUGUACGACCCGACUCGAUGAGCGCCUAUCUUAAUAACUACAAAACAACCGUGUCUUUGAUGAACGAUAAAAAGGCAAAUCUGUCUUGCAAUUUGGUGGCGUCAUGGAGCGUGCAGGUGGGCGACAUGGAUCAGUGCUUGCAUUUAUGGAAAUACACGGGUGGCUUCGAGAAAAUCGAUCAGGCCAAAGAGGAUCUGUGGAACGAUCCAGAGUACCUGAGUCUAAUGCAGGAGCGUUCCAAAUUUCUGCGCUCUCGCCACCUUCAAUAUCUGUUGGCCUUCAGCUACUGGCCGCAGAUUGCCAGCCGUUCCGGCAAGAACAUCUACGAAAUGCGAUCAUAUCGACUGACGCCUGGCACCAUGAUUGAAUGGGGAAACAACUGGGCUCGUGCCAUCAACUAUCGCAAGCACAACAACGAAGCCUUUGCUGGGUUCUUCUCGCAGAUCGGCCGACUUUACAAUGUCCAUCACAUCUGGUGCUACAGCUCGCUGCAGGACCGCAAGGAGACCAGAGAGGCCGCAUGGCGUUCCCCUGGCUGGGACGAGUGUGUAGCCUACACUGUGCCGUUGAUUCGAGAUAUGCAUUGCCGCGUCCUCGCUCCCACUGAGUUCUCGCCCACACAAUAAGCAUGGACCAACUCAAUCCGUAUCGUAUCUGAGAACGGGGGGCUAAACGUUUCCAACAUCUGAUCUAAUCCGAAAUGCUGUGAAACAGUGAGAAUGUAAUGUUGCCGCUUCCGCUCGUGUUAGUCGUUGUAUAUAAUGCCAUCAUACAUAUACAUAUACACAUAUGUAUGUAUAUAUGCAUUAAUUUUAGUUUUCUCUAGUAUCAAAUAAGGUCAAAAAGUGUGCAUUUUACUCUAAAGAAAGGAACUAUCCUGUAUGUGUGGUGCCCCCACAUACAAAAUCUUGAAUUUAACCAAAAAAUGAAAAACAAAAAAUUUCGUUUUGUAAUAUUUUAAAACAAUAAUAAAAGUGCUAUAAGAGUGUAUAUUGUGAAACAAGCAAAAGCGUAA